AUGAGCCGUCAAUCGGCUGCCUCCACUUUCGGUUCCGCCCACUCGGUCUCUUCCAUUUCCUCGCAGUUCCAACAGCUGGUCACCGAAGCCGCACCCCAGAGUACUUCCGGAUAUUCAGAUUUAGAUUCACAACAGGAAGAGAUAACCCUGGAUCAAACAUCAAUAUUGCACGCUUUGUCCACCUAUAUGCGACUAAUUGAAGCCUACCAGCUCACCUUUUCGCAAAAUACCCAGAAGUUUGGCUUUGCGUUGGCAGAAGGAUCGGCUAUCCCAUUACCAUCACUCCAGAUUGGGGCAUUUGCUAUAGACGAUCCAGCAGGUCACGUUGCCUUAGUGAUUCAGUCAGCGUUGCAACUGCUAGCUCGCCUAGGAGAUCUAGCGAAUAAACUCACGGUGCCUUUCCUUAAUGGAAAGAAUGGCGAUAAUGGCAUCAGCCAGUCUCCGAGUUCACCCGCCGGACACAAUAUAACCAGCAUGGUGAUGAAGACGGUCCGCGAACGCGAAAGCCAACUGAAGCAGGCAGCGGCACGGCUGGAGAGUUGCUGCCGCAAGGCACGACGGCCUCGUGGUUGA